AUGGUGUCAUCCCCUACCAACGCCCCACGCCCCUACGAGGUUGUUAUGAUUGGAGGCCGUGUUCCAUGUUCGCGCGCUGAAGGUGGCGAGGCACGCAGUUCAGUCUAAAGAAGGCCCCGACGAUUGCAGCUCCUGGAGUGUGGUUUUUCAGCCACUUUCCGUGAGUUUGCGGCAGUAUCUUGUAAGUAACUUUGCAAAUUCAAACAUUAACAUGUAUCCUGUCAGCGUAAAUAUAGCCUUAUCUGUUGUUGGUUCUAGUGAAAUUAUUUGUGAACGUAUCUGAGACUGUUUUGUUCAUCUGCUACUGCCUUGUGCAUGCCAAUGCAUAAUGAAAUGUGUGGGUUGUGAUAAGGCUAGUUUUUUGUAAAUAUAUACGUAUGUUUAAUUCUGAGGCCAUCCUCUGAGCAGACAUUGGUAUGCUGUAUUUGUACAACUGUAUUAGGUAGUCCUUGGUUUCCUUUUCCCAUUGCAUUGUCAUGAACUGUAAUAGGUGCGCAGCUUUUUUUUUUUAGGUGACUACCAUGGAGCCUUGACCAAUAGUUGUCUCAUAAUGAGCAAACUGGAAUUGUACGAUGAGUCCAAAUCACUGAAGGAGUGGUUCACCAAGCUUAGAGCCAGCCACCAGGAUGCGGUAUCCAAAGAGGAUUUUUCUGCAUUUCUGAGCUCACUCUUCACCGACUUUGAUGAGCUCUCAGCCAGUGAAAAACAACAUGCAGUUACCCUGUUGUUUGAGACGUUUGAUUGUAACCAUGACGGAAAAAUAGAUUUUUCAGAAUUUGAAACGCUGUGGAUUCAGUGGGUGCAAGUCGUACUACACCCAAAGUCGGCCUUUAUUGUUGUUGACGUGCAGAAUGAUUUUAUCACUGGAAGUCUUUCAGUGAAAAAUCUUGCUGAAAACAGGGACCCAGAAGGCAUUGUGCCCAUCAUUAAUGACCUUGUAGAAAAUGUCCCAUGGAAACUUAUUGUGUAUUCACAAGACUGGCACCCACAAGACCACAUUUCAUUUUUUGAAAACAAGGACUGUCGACCUUUCCAUGCCAGUAGCAAAGUGAAUGCUGGAGAUGCCAAAGUCUUUGAUACUGUAAUGUUUGCUGAUGCCAUAUGCUGCACUGGUUGCAUUGAGCAAACGCUGUGGCCAGCACACUGUAUACAGGAUACAUGGGGGGCAGAGCUGCACAAAGACCUCAAAGUUUGUGUCGGUGCACUGAUAAUUCGCAAAGGCACUAGCCCAGAUGUGGACAGCUAUUCUGCAUUCUGGGACAAUGACAAACGCUCAUGCACUAUUCUUGACAAAAAACUCAAGGCACAGGAAAUCACUGAUGUUUUUAUUUGUGGAAUAGCCUAUGAUGUUUGUGUGGCCUCCACAGCAUCACAUGCUAUGCAGUUGGGGUACAGGACAGUUAUUGUUGAUGAUGCUUCAUGUGGCACUUGUACAGAAGCCACAGAGGCCACAAAGAGCCGUUUAGCUGCGCAGCAUUGCAUGGUGUUGACCAGUUCGGAAGUAAAGAAACUGGUCUCUGGUCGCAUGAGGCCACUUAAAUUAGGCAUUCAGCUUGCCGUGGCCAUGGCAGCCAAAAACAAGUGAUUUUCUUUUCUUUCAUUCAGUGCAGUGAUGAAAACUUGAGUUUACUGCAGAGCUCCACUGGUUUCUGUUGUUGCCUUGGCAUUUCAGCUUUAUGUUAGAGCUAUUCUGACCUUUGUUGCUUCUGACAAAUUUGGCUGGCAACGAGAUUGCAAACAUCUGACACCAUGUUUGCCGUCUCUCUUUGUUGUCCUUUGUGCUACUAUCAACCAUGCAGAUCAAUGCCCGAUUGCUCAGGAGGCCAGUGCUACUGAGUGCAGUACCAAUAUGCAGAAGCUAGCAAAGUCACUUAAGGAGGGAUGCUAUGCUAAAAAGUUGGGUCAUGAGCUGGUUAACUGAGUUUAGUGAAAUGAAAUAUUGAUAUUUUUCAUUAGAAUGCAUAUUCAAUUUUAUUGAUCUGGUAUGAACAGAAAACAAAAUGUUCUGGUCGUCAUAUAGAGUAGUCCAGCUUAGGAAAAUGAUCAUUUAAAAAAUAGUAGAUAUUAUAUUCAUUGUUUUUGAAUAGAUGCCUUCUAAGUGAUCUAUAGUGGAGGAUAUCUGUAGUAGAGGGCAGCCACUCACUUUUUAUGCCAUUUCUGUUAAAGUGUCAUUACCACAAAACAAGUUUUAUUGUAUUGUCACCAUACUUCAAAUAUAUUUCUAGUUCAUUAGUGGCACCUUUUUAGAAGCAUGUCAAGUGCCUUAUUUUCUUCCUGACAAAAUUUUACUUUAGAUACCACAUUGAAAAUGGCUUUUGGCAAAGCAGUUUGGAAGUGACAUUUUUCGUAAAGGUGUUUCCUGGCCAAAAAGUGCGAACUGAAAAAAAAAUUGGAAGGUCCACCAAUAAUGUCGGUUCACCUGUCAUUUCAGUCAUGCCAUGAUUGAGUAUAUAGAAUUUUUUUUUUGCCAAAUUGAGUUUGUUUUGGCUUAUCUGCUCAAUCUUGGGUUGUCACUGGCGAAAAUAUUACUUUUUUUUUCAUUUUUCGCUGCAUUCUUGGUUGGUUGUUUGUGGCUUAAAAACCACAAAGAGCUAUAUUUCAAAUGAGGACCUUAAUAUUGCAUCCAAUUUUUCUCAUACUCUUUAGCUGUGUUUCGAUCGACAACAGUGUUCCCAAGUGCUUUUCACAGCAAGUGCAUACCUAUAUUCUUUUCUGUAGUGCAGAUAGCAACCAAACUUGUUGAGAAAAUUCUUUAUUGAGGAAUCGAAAACAACAGCCUUUUUAAAGUGCCUGCCUCUUUUUUUUUUUUGCAAAAAAUCAAGAUUUUAGCCCCACAUCCCUCCUUAACAGUUGCAGCUUCACUUUAAAGGACUACCAUUUCAAUCUUAUCUGACAAAAGCUGUUUGUGUUUAUAGUACUCUUUGCUUUUCAUGUGGGAAUAUUGCAUUACAUGUGAAGUAGCCAAAUGUCUUGUUAAAUGUGACAUGUAAAUAAGUAGAUGAUUUACAUUGAAUAGUGAUAGACUACCGUAUGUAUUUGUAUCUGCUUUUAGUCUGCCACUUUUCCAACCUUACGUUAAGCCCAGAUUUUUUUGCAUAUAUAAUUUACCUACAUUGUUAUGCAUAGUCACCUUUAUGUUACCAAAAAUGAUGCCACAUCACGAUUUUGCUGUGCCCGCUUUUGAAUCUUUCAUUAGUUCUUAAGAAUGGACAUUCUGUUCAAGUUUUUUUUAUAGAAUACCUUUGCAAACAUGAUUUCUUUCAUGUCAAAUGGACUUGCAUAUCUAGCAAGAACUGUGCUUAGCAUUAUGUACAUUGAGCCAGGCUUGGCUUUAUAAAAUGUGAGCAUUCAUGCUAAUAUGCAAGGUUGCCAUGUAUGUUAACCUCAUGCUGUAUCUGUGAUGCCACCUUUAGUUGCAUGGAGAAAGAAUUGUCGUUUCUGCCAGUAUUUCAAAGAACAAAUAUUAAACUGAGUGUAUAAGAUUGCAACAGAUUUUUGCAUCUGAGCUCAGUUCCAAGACACUUCAAGUACUUAUUUUUUUUUCUUAUCUUUACUAUUGCACAUUUUUCUGUACUGGUACCGAACGAGACAUUUUCCAUCAGUGUAUUAUGUUUAAAGCAUAACAAACAAGUUAGGGGUGACAGAAAAAGACAAGUCGAAGUUGACGUUUUACAUUUCAAAUGCUUAAAUGUUCCGUGAUGCAGCAUUUACACAUAGAAAUCACAAUAGCUGAGCACCAUACUUGUGUGUAUGUCUAUGGCAACCUUGAAGGGCCCUCGGCAGGUUUGGGCAUUGCAGUUGUAGAAGUGCGGCAUGUAGAUCGGUCAGUGGUGAUCGUGUUUGCAAAACAUCGCAUGCCUGUGUGGCAUGAGAACAGUAGAAAUUUAAAAUAAAAGGUUGCACGCUCUCUCUGUCAAGGGAGAUGUGCUUGGAGAGAGAGAGUGUGAGUGUGCCUGCAUAACAGGUACUCCUCGGAACGUCGUUGACCACAGCCUGUGACUUUAGUUCAUCAAAUGCAAAGUCUGCAACAUGCUCACUGCGAAGGAAAAUAGAGAAAAAAGGAGGUGGAGGGCGUUACAUGAAUGAGACAUGCUCUUUGGCCUCUGCUCUACUUUAGACGACUGUGCUAUGCUGACAGGGCCGUCAAAGCAAUUCUUGCAGUUAGAGGAAAACACGCCUCCCUUUUGCCCAUCCAGACUUUGAAUAGUACUAAGCUAUCCCUGGACGCUUUGUGUAACGUAUCUAGAGCGGCUGAUGUUGGCGAUGCCUGCUCACUCCCAGAGCAAAUAGGGUUUAAAGGGACACUAAAGAGAAAAACGAUUUUUCUCGUAUUAGUAAAUUACUCUUUCACAGUUCCAAAAUCACCAUGCUUGCCGUGAGAAGACUCUUGGUAAGUGAAAACGUGCAAAAAGAAAAUGCAGGUGGGGAUGCCACGUUGAUGUUCCUGCACCAGUCGCCAUGACGUCAAAUGUUUUGACGGCGUCUGCCAGGGCCUAUGUAGUUCCCAAUUGGCAAAAAUGAAGUACGCUGUCUUCCAAGGUAGCCAGACACUUAACACAACAAGUUUCAGGAGAUUUCGUUGAGCCAAUGUGGCCGAAAUGCCAAAACAACACUGAAAUUCGUGACAUCACAGUUGGAAAUUUAAGUGAAACUUUCGACGUUGAUUCUAUUAAUAAACCUAUGAUGCUGAAAUUUACAACAGUAGUUUUGAAAGUAUAAUUGAUUAUCCUAAUUAAUUUAUUGUUUCACUUUAGUGUCCCUUUUAUGGUGGUGUGCAGGCAUGAAGGAAGUCUAAAUAUGUUAUAAGAGAAGUCGCAACUGUCUGCAUUAUGUAACCUGGAAAAAAGUUGUGCAGGCGUUACGUACGAAAUAGCAGUUUCCUUGACAAAACAAUCAGUUUGGUUGCUGAAAAGGCUAUAAAAAUCACUGCCAGAAACAAAUAAGAAGGCUGCAGAAAGGCUAGGGAGAUAACUACUGAUCAUUAGUUGUAAUUUAUGUCUAUAAUGUUCCCCAUAGAUUGAAAAAGUUAUCAAGACAUGAAGUGGAUUUAGUAUUUUUCACUGCCGUUGACUGUAAUGAACAGCAGCUGUUGAGAGACAAGGUGUGAAGAUAGGUUUAUUGAAUGUAGCAACAGUGUUGUUUGCAGCAUGCCACUAUCCUUUGGUUACACAAGCCCAAUGGGAAAGUGCAUUAAUGAGAGGCUCACAGAACGUUAUUACUCAUGCAGACAGAGUAUGCACCCCCAAAAUCUACCUGCACAUUAUGUGGCAUGUGUGCACGAGCUGUGCUUUCUCCAAUACUAAGUUGUGCUGCGUUCAUUUGGCAAGACUGAAAGCUUAUAAAGGCAUUUGCAGGGAAUCGUAUCGAUAGAAGUGUAUGCAUGCCUUGAAUUGCGCUGUCUACAAAAGAAACACAAUGUUUUAUUGCUCUACAUAUUGACAGAAAAAAAAAGUUGAAGGGAUUUUGAUAGGGAAAGUGAGCUGUAUAGUUUUGUUGAUUUCCUUUUUGUGUGCAGUUUAGUUCCUUGUCUUGUUGCAUUAGAUCUGUAAUACAUGGCACAUGACAUCAUGAUAUAGACCAGUUGUGAAUUUGCACUUAACCCCGUCUGUCUUCUGUCACGCCUAACCUGUUCCUCAUUACUACUUAAAAGGCCAACACAACGAAAUUUCACUUUGGCGAAAUUUGUGAUAAGCAGUGAUAUACCACUGAGACAAUCUUGGUAAAGCUGCAGGACUGCAAGAUAAUUGUAUAUUUCCCUUCUUAGGGAUAUUUUAAACAGUACCUAAGCAAAAUCUCUGUGCACACAGUAGUAACUAUGAUGAAAGUGCCAGCAUGCCACCUUGAAUCUGGCGAGUGGCAGUUUGCCCUUGUGUUGCCAACUAGCCCACAUCAGUUUUACUCCUGUAUACUUUUUACAUGUAACAUCAGUGUAAAAUGUGAUAAGCUCCUCGCGACACUGAAGUUAACCUGUUACUGAUUUGUCCUUUCUAAACAUCGGCGCACAUACCUUUUUUCUUAUACUUGCAACAGGCGACUAGAGCCUGGAUAACCUAGUCAUAAACAUUACAUUUUUAAUAAACAUCUGUACAAUUGAAAGAAUACUUUAGGCUGGUCAGUUGAAGUUUGCAUACUGAACAAAAUGCGUACAGCACCAGGCACUAGACAACAUAGAGAGUGAUAGUAAAGUGUUGCAAUAUGCCUACAGAUAGCACCUGUGUUAUUGAGCAUGUAAAACUCAUUUUCAAUUUUUCAUACAAUUGUUUGUACUGGUGAAGCCAUUUGUAUGGUGAAAGCAGUUAAAGAAAAAACGCUGAUGGAAAAAAACGUGUGCAGGAAAAAGCUUUUGACUCUUAAAGGGACACACAACUGUUCAGAACACGGAAUUGAGAUAAUCCCAUUAAGGGAAAGGUUGUUUAUUGGCUAAAACGAGCCCCAGCUAUCAGCAUUGUUUUUUAUAGCUUUUUUAUAGCUUCUCAGAUUGAUUACAAAAUAUCCAUGUGCUUUUGGGAUCAAUCUGUGCAAGCAUAACCGCUACCAAGGUGGGAGCGUUCUGUUGUGCGAUAAAAUACUAGGCCCAAAAAAAUCUGUUGUCAGUCCUUUUAAGGUGGAAAACCAUGCUUGUUUGUACAUAUUGACAAGACCAGACAUCAGCAGACAAGCAUUUAUUAGGAGAAACAAAAGAUGAAUAUAUGCAAAGUAAACCUGUUAUGUGCUUUGAUGUUGCAUGAAACUUCUUGUACACCUUGAUUGUGAAACGGUGCAUAAUAUAUAUUACAAACUGGCACCAUUGUUGAUAAACAUUUUUGUUGAAGCCCAUUAAAAUAGAUUUUUCAUCAUU